AUGGCCGAGAUUACGACACUAGACGCCCUCCAGGCGCUGCACCGCGAGCUCUUGACGCUGAGCAGCGGUGCGGGCAGCAGCUCUGACAACUUGAGCAACGAGCUGCUGCUUGAAAUAUUCGAGAAGGAGUUGGGGAGACUAUGGGAGCGUCCGAAGAAGAGCGAAAAGAGCCGCAGCACGGUGAAGACCGGCAAGGUCUCUGUUGACGGCAACGAAUAUUCGGUCAACGACAAGUUCCAGCAGGAUGUGUUUGCGCUAUCGGACGAGAUCGACCUUGACGAGGUGGAAGCUGCCAGAUACCUUCUCGACUCCCAGGAUGAUGUCUCUGUGCUGGGGCGAUCGCUUCUCGAGUGUGCUGUCAUCCGAUUCCAUCAGCAGCGGAAAUACGCACUGGAUUCUUUCAGACUAUUCCUGGAGUUGAAUAACCAGGACUACGAGGGAGAAGAGCCGAGCGCGUUAGAGGCCAUCAAAGUUUACGUUGAGACCCGCCUACUGCGAAAAACUCAUGGUGGAUCAAAGCGCCUUGCUUCGACUUGUUUACAGACCAUGGUCGAAAUCAAGUCAUGGCUACAAAAGGUGGGAGAAAAAAUGACAGCUGCUCAGACUCUGGGCAACGUGCCCACAGAUGAUCUGCCCGAGGAGCUAGAAACCGUGGAAUUCUCUCGCGUGAGCCUGAUUCAGCAGCACGAAGCUUUGGGAGUCAUCUUGUGCGAGUGUGUGGACAAGAGGCAGGCCGAAACCGCCGAAUUUAUAGAAUUCAUCUCCGUGUUGAAGAAGUGGGAUAAGUACGAUACAUUACUAGUCCACCUCGUCCCAGCAAUCGGCGCCUACAUGUCUGUCUUUGCAUCAUCUGAGGGAGGCUAUGACUUGAGGCAAGGAAGAGAGCUCGACACAAAGAUUUUCCCGCCUUCGGAUGACUCAACUUGGCCUCUUCCCUUUCUACAUGCUACAGUUCGUGCCUGGUGGCUGGCAGAGUAUAGUGGAUGGUAUCUAGACGAUCCUCCCGAAUCUGCUAUCCCGCCAGGCACUGACCUUGAUGAAGAGGACCGUCAGAGGACAAAGCAGUUCUUAGACUCGUUAAAAGAUGGCGCGUUUGACUUCAUGCUCUCCGUGGCUGGAGAUAUUCGAUCUCCAGACUGGCACGACUCUGUUCGGGCUGGCAUGCGCAAAUGGCUGCAACGAAAAUCAUCACCAUUGGUUUCCGAGCGAACUCAAUUUUCCAACUUUUUCCAGCUGUGUUUGAUGUCGCAGCUGGAGGUUUUCGUUGAUGCUUUCAUAACCAAUCUACCUGAUGUUCUUCGAAAGCUCAGGGUGGAAGAAGAUGAGCAGCGCCAGCUCAGCCAGACACACGAACAAGACCUGGAUUUGGAGAGGUUCCUUUUAAUCAUCGCAUACGCUUAUGAGGGGCGACCUGAUGCCUCUGCAAACUUUUGGCAAGACCCAGACAGCAAUCUCGCUGGAUUCAUGCACUGGGCUUCCCGGAGAGCCUCAACGCCCUUAGUUGCAGCUUUUUGCGAGAUGCUCCAGGCUAUUUCCGUAAAUGACGAAUGUGCCACCGCAGCCCAUGAGUUCCUCCUGGAUGAAGGCCACCACUCGUCUGGCAAGAUGAGAAGGACUCAGUCCCUGACAUGGGCUCAGAUAUUCAAAGAGCUUGAUUUCUUUUCCGACAAGAUCAAGCAGAAGCCUACUCCAGCCCAGACAACUAGAUUUCGGGGCGGAAAGCCGGCUGCCGAUGUCAUAGAAACCGAGCCUGAGUCAUCCAUGAUGCUUGAAUGCUAUCUGCGCCUGAUAACGAAACUGGCGAGCGAGAGUGAGAUCACCAGACAGUUUUUGUUGUUGAACUCGGGCUACAAUCUUGUCGAUAUGCUGUACGAGUUGGCUAGCAGCCCUAUACCCUCUCAGCUGCGUGGCUGCGUCUUCCUGGCCUUGAAGUCUCUAGUUAGCCGCAAGAGUCUUCAGGAGAACCAUGCAAUGUGGAGAUGCCUGGAGAAUUGGGUAUCGGGGGGGUAUGUUGGUGCAACAACUGCCGGCACGAUACGGUCAUUGCAACCGGCGCCCCUGGUGUCAAUGGAUCGCAUUUUUGACGAGAUGAGCAACGGCUUUGAGGAUCCCGAGUCCUUCAUCAGGCUCUUGCUCGAACUGGUCACCCCUGCAAGCGAUUCCAACCCUCUGAACGACGGGCUGCCAUUUCCGGAGAACCUUGGUGCCAGCUCUCGGGCGCCUGGAAUUGAAAUCUAUAUCGAUUUUGUGAUUGGCCUUGUUUUUUCAUCAAAGAUCCAGGAUCUGCAAGACGUUCACCAAACGAGAGUGCUCAGACUCAGCUGCCUAGAGUUCAUACUUGCCUGCCUAACCACGUUCAACGAAGAUCUCCUGGUUUUGGCGAAUGAGACCAACAUUGCUAUCGACUCUUUAGUCUCGACGACGGAUUUGGCGACGUACGUCAGGAUGCAUCCGUUUGCGCGAGUGAUGGAGUGGAUGUUCAACGACAAAGUGAUGACGGCCCUCUUUAACACCAUUCACCAAAAGUCUGUCGAUAUCGGUAACGCGACUCCAGACUCACCGCUCAUCUUGGGUGUGCUGCGUGCGAUAGAGGUCAUAACAAAAGUUCUUGACCUUGAAACGACCUACCUCGAUCUUGUUCGUCCGCUAAUCAAAACCCAGUCUGGUUCACGUAGGCAACCUGUUGCGAAUGCUGCGUAUGCCUCAUUCCAGGAUGGGCUGGUGACGAGAUUGAAUCUUGUGGUAGAUUUGGGCAAAUACUGCGGCAUAGGUCACCCUGACUUGACUUUGGCCUGUCUCAAGUUGCUGGAGAAGAUGUCUUCAUCGUCUAAGAUCACAGCUGCUUGGUCUGGGACUAGUCGCCACGCCCAUAGAAACAAGGCCAUCGUUGCCAUGGAGGCAAAUGGAGAGCACGAAGGCAUAUCGCGAGCCUUCAUCGCCGAAGUAAUGACACCUCUGGAAGCGGGGAGCGGAGCGGAUUCCCCCCUCUACGUAACAAAGGUGUACAUCUUGGACUUUUUAUAUCAAUGUCUUCGAAUGACGCCAAAGGAGCCUACCAUUGCGCACUUGCUGCUAGGUUUUAAAUGCGGAUUGGAUUCGCUCUCGGUCGAAGUCAACAGCUCUUUUGCAUCCCGCACCUCACUGUUUCACAGUAUAUUGGGACUCCUGCUGGAGUCUCCCUCUAACGAUGCACUUGGUGGCAUGAGACAGUGGUUGAUUGGCAUCAAAUCUCGCGUGAUGCGGAUUUUAAAUAUCCUCUGGAGCUCACCACUGUCAUCCGCAAUUGUCGUCCGAGAGCUUCGAGAGAAUGAACUUCUCUUCCAUCUUCUUACUCGUGAGACGGUUAUCCAACCAGACUUGUCCUGGGAAGGCCAAACUGUUGGAAAUUCGCAGUUCCCAAUGACUGACGGAGCCGUGACGCUACUUGAGUUUCUGACUCUUCGAAGUAUGACGAUGGAAUACAUAGCCAUGGAACUUUGCAAAAUAGCACAGGGACGUAUGCCUGGUGUGAAGAGACGCAUAUUCGAUGCCCUCAACGGCCAGAUUGUUUCAGAGAGCAAUGAGACAAUACAAACUCCGACUGUAUUUGAUUUGUACGACUUCCUCCUACCAGACGGAUUUUGGGAGAUCCCGCCGCCGUCGAUUCAAUUCUACAAAGACCUGGAUCUCUCUGCAUGUCUGGAGCACGAUGCCGACGGCAACCAAGUAUACAACCUGGAGCGAGUUCGAGAGAUCCUUUUGCUAAAGAGAGGAGAAGCGCAGCAGAAUGCAGUCAUCGCGGCUAAUGACAUGGCGCUUAUCGAAAGAGAAGAGGUUAUGAUUAUGGAGUAUCUUAUUUCGUCUGACAGGCAAAAACAAAUUGCCUCACAAUGCCUCCGAGUCUUGCGGUCAUGGAUCAAGGUGUUGCUGGUCAUGGUUGAAUCUUGUGACUACAAAGGUGCAGCACAGACGUCAUUUUUCCUUCAAGCAUUGCAGGCUAUUCUGCCGAGUUUGGAAAUGUUCGCUUCAGAUCGUCCGGAGGAAGCUUUGGAGCUGGCCAAGCUGGCGAGGGUCUUGCUCUUCAAGCUUGAUCUCUCGCCUCUUUCAACUGAGGAUAAGAGUAAUGGAACCAUCGGCAAUCUGGUCAGCGACAAGUUGUAUCAGCUUUUCCAGACCUGCCUCCAGGCCAUUGGCAAGUGGGCAGGCUCUCCUCAGUUGAGGUCUGUCUAUUACGAGAUUUGCUACCGCUACCUGACGGGCAUGUCAGAAGAUGUCGGACCCCUGAGCGCCAGCCGUCCAAAGACGUUCAAGACUGUUCAGGUAUAUGGUGAGCGACUCAUCAACGUCGUUUGCGACGAUGCCUACUGCGGGGAGCCGGCAUGCCAGACGGCGGCCCUGAUCUUCCUGGGCGCUUUGGUCCACAUGGACAGCCAAGAGCGAGAGAGCUAUAUUGUCGAGACGCUUAACAAGCUGAAUUUUAUCGGUAUUCUCAUUGACUCUCUACGAAAUAUCAUGAAGGAGUGGCAUGAUGUCUUUGCUUCUAACAACACUGAUCAGCAAAACUUCCAAAAUGCCCGCCUCUCCAUCAUCCUCCAGCUGGCCCAGUCUCGCACCGGUGCCAAGUACAUCCUCCACGCCAACCUUUUCCGCACCUUGGAAAACUCUGGUCUCUUUGCCGCCGACCCUGAGCUGCAGAUCGACGCAGCAAACCCUCGCGCCCUGGAGCAGCACUACGACCUGCUUGCCAGAGUUGUCCGUAUCAUUGGCGCAGCCAUCCUCAGCCGCGGGAAUAACAACGUGGCGCAAGGACGCAAGUUCCUGACGGAUCACCGCAUGCUUGUCAGCCACGCUUUGAAGCGCAGCGCCGGCAUUGGCACCGGGAAUGAGGACCAUCGCCUAGAGGAGCGGAUUGAAGAACUCGCCGACGCGCUGGUGGUGGUCAUUGCUGCAACAAGCUUCUUGGAAUUUGAAAAUGAUAUCCUGCCAGAGCCCAAGCAGCUUGACCACCCGCUAUUUCAUUAG